UGAUGUUAACUUAUGAUGUUUGCAUUCAUAUUUAAUUAAUCAAAAAAUAUUAGUAACAAACAAAUAUUUUAGCAAUAAGAAUGGAAGAAUUACAAAAUUCUUUGGCUCAAUACAACGAGCAAUUACAGUUUGUUAAUGAUUCCCUUGCGGAAGCUCAAGGUGAUAUGCGAGAAUCGCUGUUGACUCUAAAGUCACAGAUGCAAAAGCUGAUCCAAGUUACACAAGAGAGCCUGGAUGCACAAUCUAAAGAACCUAAUAAAGAGCAAAAUGUGGAAAGCAAUAUUUUGGGAACUGAGGGCAGCAAGAAUGAGUUGGAUGAUGAAUAUGCGUUGUUUAUGCAAGAAAUGUCUAAAAGUGGAGCAUAUAGUACAGAAAACAAUCAAGAUUCUACAGAAACAUCAAAAGAGGAUGGUAAUAAAAGUGAUAUAGAGGAUGAGCUAGCAACACUGCUUGGUAUGAAAUGUGCGGUGUAUCAUACACACAAGUGGGGUGGACAGCCGAGCCUGCACAAUGCCAUGGUCAGCAGUGUUGAGCCGCACCAAGAUAAUGAUCAGUUUUCGGAUCUGCAGGUCCGAGUACUGUUUACACAUCCAACGCAUGCAGAAAUGUUACCAUGUCCAUUUUAUCUUGAUGGGGAAUGCAAGUUCAGUGAUGAACAAUGUAGAUAUUCUCAUGGUGCUUUAGUACAAUUGUCCAGUUUAAAGGAAGCUAUAGAUCCUAAUUAUGAAACUAUAAAACCGGGAAGUAGGAUAUUGCUAAAAUUGAAACCAGCUGAUGGUGAGGAUAUCAGUGUAGCAAAGAAAUCCACGGAAAAAUAUCAUCUAUGGCACAUAGCUGUAGUCAAAAGUGUUGACUUUGACACCAAAGAAUGUGUAGCAAAAUUAGAGAAUUGUGUUAAAACUGGCGAGAAGAGGAAAAUAUCAGCGGACGAAUUUCAUUUAUCAUUUGAAGAAAUAUUUCCAUUAAGCAAUGACAAUGAAGAUGUGGAGUCAGACGACAGUCUCAGUGACACGGAGUACCCGGACAACAAGUCGUGUCGCACGGAGCCCGAGGGUGCAGGACCUGGCCGCCCUGAGCUGCUUGUUGAGAAGAGUCUGCUCACUAAUACUCCCGCUAUAGGUGAAUGGGAGCGAUAUACAAGAGGGAUAGGCUCGAAGCUGCUGCUGUCAAUGGGGUACGUGCCGGGGUGUGGUCUGGGCGCUGCGGGCGCAGGUCGCCUGCAGCCGGUGGAGGCGCGCGCGCUGCCCGCCGGCCGCACGCUCGACCACUGCAUGCAAAUAUCACAAGCCGCAAACGAUCCACUCAAGGUUGAGCAAAAAUUGAAACGAUUACAAAAAAGAGAAGAGGAAAGAAAUAAGAGAGCGUACGAACGCGAAAAGGAGCGCGAGAGAAGAAAUGUCUUCAACUUUCUGAAUCGAACACUCGGCGAUUCGAGUGACAAGCCUGAAACAUCGAAGGAUACGUCACUAACUGACAUAAAACAAUCAACAAACAAAGAUCUUAACAUUGAACAAUUUAAGAUCACACAGGACAGCAAGAGAGUUGAAUUGGAAUUAAAUAAAUUAAAGAAUUCUCUAAAUAAAUAUCCAACCGGUUCUAGUGUAUGUCUAAACAUUAAAAGUCAGAUUGCAGAAAAGAGCAGGGAAUUGGACAAUCUUAAAAGUAGAGAACAGAAUAUUGAAAAAGAACAAAGACGACGCAAGGAUAAGAAGAAUAUGACAGUGUUUUAA